CCCACAGUGUGAAACAUAAACCCAAUAUUUCCCCAAUUUUCUUUCUCGAUCCCUAAAAUCUCUGAAAUUGCUCUCAAAUAUCAAGCUGGUAGAUUGGAUCCAACGAAGACCUGAGGUUUUUGACACAAAUCGAACGUUCGCUGAUGCUUUUCUCUUGAGAUCUGAAAUUCCGGGAAAUCGAAUCAAGUGGGGUUGAGAAGAAUUUCUGCAUUUCGAUCCAAAUUUUAUUUUUUAAGGUUUUCUUGAUUUAGAUCUGGAGGCGAUGAGCUCCGCCGUCAGAUUGUUCUUCGUCUUCGUAUUGUCGUUCGCGUUCUUCGUCGCCUCAUCUCUGGGCAAGUAUCAGGAUGGUGAAGCUGUUACCUUAUGGGUAAACAAGGUUGGCCCUUAUAACAAUCCUCAAGAAACCUACAACUAUUACAGUCUCCCGUUUUGCCACCCAAAGGGCAAGCCGGGUCAUAAGUGGGGUGGCCUUGGGGAGGUGCUUGGAGGGAAUGAGCUUAUCGAUAGCCAAAUUGAAAUAAAAUUUAAGAGAGAUGUGGAGAAAACCUCAAUUUGCGAAAUUGAGCUGGAAGCCACGAACGUUAAAAAGUUUAAGGAUGCAAUCGAUAAUUCAUACUGGUUUGAGUUUUUUAUGGAUGAUUUGCCGUUAUGGGGUUUUGUUGGUGAGGCGCUCCCUGACAGAACCCAUGAUAACAGACAUGUGCUCUUAACGCACAAGAAUCUUGUGAUUAACUACAAUGAGAACCAGAUCAUUCAUGUAAAUCUUACCCAAGAAAAUGCUCAGCCACUUGAAGAGGGUCGAGUAUUGGAAAUGACAUACUCUGUUAAAUGGGUUCCAACCAAUAUUUCAUUUGCACGUCGUUUUGAUGUCUAUCUGGACUACCCUUUCUUUGAGCACCAGAUUCACUGGUUCUCUGUCUUCAAUUCUUUUAUGAUGGUAAUUUUUCUUACUGGGUUGGUCUCAAUGAUAUUAAUGCGCACUCUCCGGAACGACUAUGCUAAAUAUGCACGGGAAGAUGAUGAUCUGGAGUCACUGGAACGGGAUGUAAAUGAAGAAUCGGGUUGGAAACUUGUUCAUGGUGAUGUGUUUCGCCCUACCCAAAGUCUGGCUCUACUUUCAGCAGUUGUUGGCACUGGUGCCCAGCUAUCAACACUUGUGCUUCUUGUCAUCAUAUUAGCAAUUGUCGGAAUGUUGUACAUAGGGAGAGGAGCAAUUGUCACCACAUUUAUUGUAUGCUACGCAUUUACUUCAUUUAUUGCUGGUUAUGUGAGUGGUGGCAUGUAUUCCCGCCAUGGUGGUAAAAGUUGGAUAAAGUCCAUGAUCCUCACAGCAUCACUUUUCCCAUUCUUGUGUUUUGGCAUUGGUCUGAUAUUGAACACGGUUGCCAUAUUCUAUGGUUCUCUAGCGGCUAUUCCCUUUGGUACCAUGGUCGUUGUUUUUGUCAUAUGGGCAUUUAUUUCUUUUCCUCUGGCACUUCUUGGAACUGUUGUUGGAAGAAACUGGAGUGGUGCUCCUAACAAUCCUUGCCGAGUUAAGACAAUCCCUCGUCCAAUUCCAGAGAAGAAGUGGUAUCUCACACCUUCUAUCAUCUCUCUAAUGGGAGGUCUACUGCCCUUCGGAAGCAUUUUCAUUGAAAUGUAUUUCGUCUUCACUUCCUUCUGGAAUUACAAGGUCUAUUAUGUGUAUGGCUUCAUGCUGCUCGUAUUUGUGAUACUGAUCAUUGUCACCGUCUGUGUAACAAUUGUGGGGACUUAUUUCCUACUGAACGCCGAGAACUAUCACUGGCAAUGGACUUCGUUCUUCUCCGCCGCAUCCACUGCUCUCUACGUCUUUGUCUAUUCCGUAUACUACUACUAUGUCAAGACGAAGAUGUCCGGUUUCUUCCAAACCAGCUUCUACUUCGGAUACACAUUGAUGUUCUGCCUCGGUCUAGGAAUACUAUGUGGUGCUGUCGGAUAUCUGGGCUCGAAUCUGUUUGUGAGGAGAAUCUACAGAAACAUCAAGUGUGACUGAGCUCUGGCUAUAUACAGCUACACGUACAUUAGUUUAUGCGAAACCGGAGAUAAUGAGAAUUCAACAGUUGUGGAGGAAGUUGGGGGAUUUUUUGCAGCAGGGGAUGAAUGGGUAGGUGAGAGUUUUGUCCUUCUUCUACUACUAUAAAAUGUUUGUAGAUUGUAUAAUUUUUGGUGGCAUAUGCCAUUUAUACUACUCUCUCAUUUCUAUUAAUGUAGACACUUGUUCAAUGUCAAAAGAACUAUACUUGGUAACUGAGGGCUGGCUAACCAUUUCAUUAAGAAGCAUCAUUUUCAUUGA